AUGGAUCCUGUCAAAAAUAAGUCCUCUAGGACAAGGAAGAAGAACUCUUCCCAUGGCGCCAACCCCUGUGAAGGAUUUGAAGUUUUGCCUAAAAUUUUCGAGCCAAAAGAUCUCCAAUAUUUUAGCAAGGAAAACUCUGAAAAUGCCAAGCAAGGCCAACAAGAGGAGAGUGUAUUGGAGCAAUGCAUGAGAACUGGGGAGAAAAUGAAGAAAAUCUUGAUGAAAAAGAUUGCAAAAGUAGAGAAUGCUAAGAAAGAGAACAAGGAAAUUUUAGAAAAUUUACCAGAAAAUGUGUUUAGUGACGAUGAAUCUAAAAAAGCAGAAAGUUUAAUGGCCAAAAGAUAUGAGUUAAAUUCGAAGAUACAAUCCUCUUUUGAUGGGAAAGAGCUAAAGUCUAUCUAUGAAGCAUUGCAAAAGUCUCAAUCAGAAGUGAAUCAAGAAUAUAUCAAUGCUUCAAAUACAGCUCAAAUAAAAUUAGGUUCUAUAGCAGAUUCGAUUGAUAAAUGAAACAAACAUAUUAACAAAGCCGAAUCAAAAACAGCUGAUAUUCACAUAUCAAAUCUUAUUAACAAGUCUCCAGAAGAAUCACCGAAUCCUCCAGCCUCUCUGGUUGUAUCUGAAUUGCCAAAUUUAGAAUAUACUAACUGUGAAGACCAUAACAGAAUCCUUGACCAACUUCAAACCAUUCAUGAAAUUCAAUUAAAGCAAAUAAAGUUUGAGUUAACAAGAGAUCCUCAACUUUUCCAAAAAGAAUUUAGUCAUCCAGGUGAAGAAAAAGAAGGAAAGCAAAAUUAUUCAAAGGACGAUAUAGAUGAGCAUUCUGGAAUUGCUUCAGAAAGAUCUUCUGAAGCCAAAAGGAGCAAUAAAACAAAAUUAUUGCAAGGAGAUUCUGGAGCUGCUAAGAGUCAACAUUCUAAAAGAAAGGAUACAUUUUUAGAUGUAAAUAUCGCAAAUGUUAAAAAGAAAUUUGGGGAUUCUUCUCUUUCUAAAAAUAAAACCAAAAUUAAAGCAAUCAAACCCUCGCAAUCUAUAGAAGGAAGAAAAUUGUUUAACAAGAAGGAUAUCAAAACUGAUGGCUCGGAAGAAUCUUCUGAUGAUGAGCUUUCUAGGCGAUCAAAUAAAAAACCAAUCCUAAGUAGGGAAGAGAUUAAAAUUGAAGAAGCACCUGCAUCACCCCAGUUCCAAAUGAAUUCCACACAACUCUCCCAGUUCAGACUCUUGUUCUCCGAUGUCACAGACUUGAUAUAA